UUUGCUAGGAAACCAGAAUAUUGUUUGUCAAGUGCCAAAGAAACAAAACACCGUUAUGAAUGUUGUAAGGUAAAUUAGUGGAAGGUGCAAGUGAACUUCAUGGUUGACAGAGUCAGAUGCAAAAAAGACAGAACUGUUGGCCUCAAAAUUCUUUGUGCAUAUUUAGUUAUAACUAUUUCAUUCAGCAUAUUCCCAGCUCCAAUCCAAACACACAGGAGAUUAUAUACAGUGUCCCAACAUUCCAACAAUCCCUUUUUAUGAUCACAAUUUCUAUCUGUUGUUAUGGCAGACAGUGUGGUUUCCUUUGUUUUAGAUCACUUGUCCCAACUGGUGGAACAUGAAGCAAGGUUGCUAAGUGGCGUGGAAGACAAGGUGAAGUCCCUCGAGAGGGAGCUUCAGAUGAUCAACGUCAUCCUAAGAACCACAAACAGCAACAACGACAUUCAGAAAACAGUGGUGAGCCAAAUCAGAGAUGUGGCCCAUGAAGCUGAGGAUGUCAUUGACACGUACGUUGCCAAAGUGGCCCUGCACAACAGGAGAACCAUGCUGGGGAGGCUACUCCAUGGAGUUGACCAAACAAAGUUGCUCCAUGACGUAUCCGAGAAAAUAGACGAGAUCAUAACAACUCUCAACCAGAUACGUGAAAACAAGAUCAAAUACAGCGAGUUCCAAGAAAGAAAUCAUCAAUCCAUAGCAGAAGAGGAGGAGGAGGAGAAGGAGAGGGAGAGGUUACUUCACAAGCUAAGAAGAAAUGUAGAGGAGGAACAUGUAGUGGGUUUUAUCCGUGGAUCUCAAGCAAUCAUCAAGCUACUCAAGGAAGGUGGCUCACGGCGUAAUGUGGUCUCCAUCAUCGGCAUGGGGGGGUUGGGCAAGACCACCCUUGCCCGAAAAGUUUAUAAUGAUAGCAAGGUGAAACAAGGCUUUAGUUGUUGUGUUUGGGUGUACGUGUCAAACGAGUGUAGAGCUAAGGAGCUUUUGCUUAGUCUUCUUAAGCAUUUGAGGCCAAACCUCGAAACUGAACUUCAAGAAGAAAACAACAAAGGAAAAAAAUUCACUGAAGAACAAGACAUUUUUAACUUGAGUGUGGAGGAGCUGAAGAAACUGGUGCGGCAAUACUUGGAGAGGAAAACAAGGUAUCUGGUGGUCCUCGAUGACUUGUGGAAAACACAAGAUUGGGACGAGGUGCAAGAUGCUUUUCCCGACAACAACAGAGGCAACAGAAUAUUGAUCACUAGUCGUUUGAAAGAGGUGGCCUUGCAUACUAGUCUUCAUCCUCCAUACUACCUUCAAUUUCUCAGCCAAGAAGAAAGCUGGGAGCUCUUUCGUAGGAAAGUGUUUAGAGGGGAAGAAUGCCCUUUUGAACUAGAGCCUCUAGGCAAACAAAUAGUGGCAAGUUGUCGCGGUUUGCCACUCUCUAUUGUUGUAUUAGCAGGAUUGCUAGCCAACAAGGAAAAGUCACACAGGGAAUGGUCCAAAGUGGUGGGUCACGUCAACUGGUAUCUUACUCAAGACGAGACUCAAGUGAAGGAUAUAGUUCUGAAGCUCAGUUAUGAUAACUUGCCAAGAAGAUUGAAACCAUGCUUUCUAUAUUUUGGGAUAUUCCCUGAAGACUUUGAAAUCCCUGUUAGGCCAUUACUACAACAAUGGGUUGCAGAAGGGUUUAUACAAGAAACAAGAAAUAGAGACCCAGAUGAUGUGGCAGAAGACUACUUGUACGAGCUCAUUGAUCGUAGUUUGGUCCAAGUAGCAGCAAUAAAGACUAGUGGAGGUGUGAAAACUUGUCACAUCCAUGAUCUUCUCCGAGAUCUUUGUGUAUCGCAGAGCAAAGGGGACAAGAUUUUUGAAGUCUGCUCAGAUAAUGACAUUCAAAUUCUAACAAAACCUCGCAGGUUGUCCUUCCAUUGUGACAUGGGCCACUACAUUUCUUCAAGCAACAAAGACCAUUCAUGUAUCCGUUCUUUGUUCUUCUUUGGAAUAUAUUCCAAUUUUACUGGGAACGAGUGGGAAUGGCUUUUCAAAGGCUUCAAAUUGGUUCGAGUGUUAGAGCUUGGAAAAAACCAUUGCGCAGGAAAGAUCCCAUCUAAUUUGGGGGACUUUAUCCACUUAAGGUAUUUGAGAAUUGACUCGAAUUUUGGUAUAAUUAUUCCAACUUCCAUACUUACCCUUCAGAAUUUACAAACAGUAGAUUUAGGUAAUUGGUUUAGGGAAAUCCCAAUUUGUUUCCCUGCUCAAAUGUGGAAGCUCAAACAUUUAAGGCACCUGUAUGGGCAAGGACCUGUGAAGCUUCAAGGCCACUAUUCAGGAUCAAAUGAGGUUAUGUGGAAUCUCCGAACCAUCUUCCCCAUUGAUAUUGAUACACAAACAUUGUCUCUGAUGAAGAAAGGAAGCUUCCCCAAUCUUGUGAAAUUGGGGUUGUCAAUCAAUUCGGACCGCCAAGGUAAGUGGCCAAAGUUGUUGCAGAGCUUACAAGAAUUAAGUCAUUUGAAUAUCUUAAAGAUUUGCCUCCGAGGGGAUUUUGAUGCUUCAAUAGGCACAGUGUCAAGCAUAUGGCGGUUUGGUUGUGAGCCACAGGAGCUAUUACAAAGCCUAGGGCUGUUGACUCAUAUAACUACGUUGAAAAUCACCAAUAUCUGCAGCCUUAUGAUAACGGUUCCUCCAAAUGUCACCAAGUUAACAUUGCGUGGUAUUAGUAGCAUCACUAGGGAGGGGCUGAAUGCGUUGAGAAAUCACACCAAACUCCAAAUUUUGAGUCUAUAUGGAGACUAUGGCUCUAACAUUAACCUCAAUUGUGUUGUAGGCGGCUUUCCACAACUGCAAGUAUUGCAAUUGAAAAAGUUCACCUCUGUAAAUUGGAAAUUAGGCAAUGGUGCAAUGCCACGUCUUCACACUCUAGUCAUCAUCAACUGUCAAAGUUUAGAUGAUCUUCCAAAUGAAUUGUGGUCUCUCACUGCCUUCAGAAAACUGCAUGUAAAACAACCCUCACAACCAAUGCUUCGUAUGCUACGGGAUUUGAAAAUAAAGGAUAGGGUUCAAGUCAUAGUCGAUGAUCAUGACAACUAGUUCUUGUUUCAGUAAACCUAUGGAUUACCAAGUUUCUUUGUAUUUGGUAACAAGUUAUUUUGGGUUUCAUUAGUUUCCAUUUUAAGAUUUUAGAAUAAUCAUGUUCAACCAUGUAUGAUGUAAAGUUGAUGACUUUAAUUAAGAAAAACCU